AUGGCCAAUUCUAUACGAAUUAUUAAUGAGAUCAUGCAGGCCGAAGAAGAAGAAACUGAAGCAAUGAUGACGAUGAUGGGUGCUGUUCAUCUUCAUCGCCGACGUCAAAGAGAAAAUCGAAUUUCACGUCAUGGUGGAUCUAUAAUGAAUCAUCGUGUCAUUGAUCGCAAUAGAGAAGAUGGUCACAAUAGAUUGUAUCAUGAUUAUUUUUCAGAUACUCCUACAUAUACAGAAACACAAUUUCGUCGAAGAUUUCGGAUGCGCCGACCAUUGUUCCUACGAAUUGAAGAAGCAAUUACAGCUCAUGAUACUUAUUUUAUUCAAAGAAUCGAUGCUGUGGGUGCUCGUGGACUCUCAUCUCUUCAAAAAAUGACAGCUGCUGUGAGAAUGCUUGCAUAUGGAACAGCCGCUGAUGCUGUUGAUGAUUAUGUAAGAAUUGGUGAAAGUACAGCAAUAGAGAGUCUAAAAAGAUUUGUUAAAGCAGUCGUCGAAAUAUUCGGUCCUGAAUAUUUGAGACGACCAAAUGAUGCUGAUGUGGCUAGAUUAUUGGCAGAAAACGAAGAACGCGGCUUUCCUGGAAUGUUGGGGAGUAUCGACUGCAUGCACUGGAAGUGGAAAAAUUGUCCCACUGGAUGGCAAGGUAUGUAUACAGGUCAUGUUCAUGAACCAACUAUUAUUUUAGAAGCAAUAGCUUCAAAAGACCUUUGGAUUUGGCAUUCUUUUUUUGGAUUGCCGGGAUCAUUAAAUGAUAUUAAUGUAUUGGAUCGAUCUCAUCUAUUUGAAGAUUUGGCAGAAGGUCGUGGACCUGAAGUGAGGUAUACCAUCAACGGGCAUGAGUAUAAUAUGGGAUAUUAUCUUGCCGAUGGUAUAUAUCCUUCUUGGCCAACAUUUGUUAAAACUAUCCCAAAACCACAAGGUAACAAAAGAAAAUAUUUCGCAAUUGCACAAGAAUCUACUAGAAAGGAUGUUGAAAGAGCAUUUGGAGUGUUACAAGCUCGAUUUGCAAUGAUUCGCGGGCCAUCACGCUUUUGGGAUGUAGGCACAAUGAAAUAUAUUAUGACAGCUUGUAUAAUUCUGCACAACAUGAUCGUGGAAGAUGAAAGACAACUACCUAUUGAAGAAGAGAACUGCGAUACAAAUGGUGAAAUACCAUUUGUUACUCCGAGUCGCAGUCGUCCAAAUGAUGUUAGAGAAUUCAUACAAGUUCAUCAACAAAUUCGAGAUAAGCAAGUACAUUUACAAUUGCAAAAUGAUCUAGUAGAGCAUCUUUGGCAGAUCCACGGUGGUGACAUCAACUAA